AUGCUCUUCAGCAAAACCCUCUCCCUUGUCGCCUCGGCCGCCGCCGUCUGUGCCUCUGCCAUCCCCCCCUCCGUCAAAGCACGGGGUAGCAUCUCCGUGACACCCCACGACCGCUACUCGUCUUCCGCCGGCGUGCUCGGCUGCAAGAUCGACACCAACCGCGUGGCGUACUGGCCCUCCGCCGUCGACUGCAACAACCUGUGCGUCAAGGUCACCGCCAACGGCCGCACCGUGCACCUCCUCAAGGUCGACACCUCGGGCGGUGCCCACGACAUCUCCUACGACGCCUGGAACUACCUCGUCACCGGCAAAUCAGCUCGCGACGCCCCCGCCGUCGGAGGCGGCAUCGACGCCACUUGGGAGAACGCCCCCCUUUCCGACUGCGCCGCUCUCAUCAAGGAGCCCCAGGGCCGCCUUGCGAUCUCUGCUGCCAACGGCAUGAACUUCUACGGAACCUGCGGCAACACCAAGACCGCCCUGUACAACAUCGACAACCCGGUGUGUACUCUAGGCUACGACGAGGUGUGUACCCUCGCAGCUGGCGCCAACCAGGCCACCUGCGCGCACACUCUCGGUUCCAUCAAUCCCUUGACCUCCCAGCCCGUCUGGAACAUCGACUACGGCACUGGCCAGCUGUCACUUGCAGUCUAA